AUGGAGACUUCCGGUGCGCAGGAAUUUGGGAGUACGGCGGCCGCGCAGGGUCGUGGGAUUUCUGCUUCGCGCUCCGAGCUGCCGUCGGCGUGCUCCCUUGCCCCGCCCUGGUUAGUGGGAAGCCUGCCGGCCAGGCCUGCGCAGUUGCGGCGGCCGGGGAAGAUGGUGGAGGACGGCGCGGAGGAGCUGGAGGACUUGGUGCAUUUCUCCGUGUCGGAGUUGCCUAGUCGUGGCUACGGCGUCAUGGAGGAGAUCCGGCGGCAGGGCAAGCUGUGCGACGUGACGCUCAAGAUCGGGGACCACAAAUUCAGUGCUCACCGGAUCGUCUUAGCAGCCUCCAUCCCGUACUUCCAUGCUAUGUUUACUAACGACAUGAUGGAGUGCAAGCAGGAUGAGAUUGUAAUGCAAGGAAUGGACCCAAGUGCCCUGGAGGCUCUCAUCAACUUUGCUUAUAAUGGCAACCUUGCUAUAGAUCAACAAAAUGUGCAGUCCCUGCUGAUGGGGGCAAGCUUCCUGCAGCUCCAGAGCAUCAAAGACGCUUGCUGUACGUUCCUCCGAGAAAGGCUUCACCCCAAAAAUUGCCUGGGUGUGCGCCAGUUUGCUGAGACAAUGAUGUGUGCAGUGCUGUAUGAUGCAGCCAACAGCUUCAUCCACCAGCACUUUGUGGAGGUGUCUCUGUCCGAAGAGUUCCUGGCCCUGCCCUUGGAAGACGUGCUUGAGCUGCUGUCUCGGGAUGAGCUGAACGUGAAGUCAGAGGAACAGGUUUUUGAAGCUGCAUUAGCUUGGGUCAGAUACGACCGGGAGCAGAGGGAACCUUGCCUGCCUGAGCUGUUAUCCAAUAUCCGCCUGCCUCUUUGCCGGCCCCAGUUCCUGUCAGACCGAGUGCAGCAAGAUGACCUGGUGCGUUGCUGUCACAAAUGCAGGGACCUGGUAGAUGAAGCAAAGGACUACCACCUCAUGCCAGAGCGCCGGCCCCACCUUCCAGCUUUCAGGACUCGGCCUCGAUGCUGCACAUCCAUUGCUGGGCUCAUCUACGCCGUGGGGGGCCUCAACUCAGCAGCAAAUUUUUAUGCAGGUGAUUCCCUGAAUGUGGUAGAAGUGUUCGAUCCCAUCGCCAAUCGCUGGGAAAAGUGCCAUCCCAUGACAACAGCCCGCAGUCGUGUGGGCGUGGCUGUGGUGAACGGGCUUCUGUAUGCAAUCGGAGGCUAUGAUGGCCAGCUGCGGCUGAGCACUGUGGAGGCCUACAAUCCUGAGACGGACACAUGGACCAGAGUGGGGAGCAUGAAUAGCAAGAGAAGUGCCAUGGGUACAGUUGUGCUGGACGGACAGAUCUACGUCUGUGGAGGCUACGAUGGUAACUCUUCCCUCAACUCUGUGGAGACCUACUCACCUGAGACGGACAAGUGGACAGUGGUGACUCCAAUGAGCUCAAACCGCAGUGCAGCUGGGGUUACAAUCUUCGAGGGCAGGAUAUAUGUGUCGGGUGGCCACGAUGGUUUGCAGAUCUUCAGCAGUGUGGAGCACUACAAUCACCACACGGCCACCUGGCACCCAGCAGCCAGCAUGCUCAACAAGCGCUGCCGACACGGUGCUGCCUCCCUGGGAAGCAAGAUGUUUGUUUGUGGGGGCUACGAUGGCUCUGGCUUCCUCAGCAUUGCUGAGAUGUACAACUCUGUGGCCGACCAGUGGUGCCUCAUAGUACCCAUGCACACACGCCGGAGUCGGGUCUCCCUCGUGGCCAGCUGUGGGCGCCUCUAUGCUGUGGGGGGUUACGACGGGCAGUCAAACCUAAGCUCGGUGGAGAUGUAUGACCCAGAGACGGACCGCUGGACAUUUAUGGCCCCCAUGGCAUGCCAUGAGGGAGGGGUCGGUGUGGGCUGCAUUCCUCUUCUCACCAUCUAAGGAGAGGGUGGGAUGUGGUGGGUUAGGGAUCUGGUACAAGCAUGGGCGCUCCCUCCACAGGAAGGUCCUCUCAGAAGUGGCAGUGGUGGACCGGAAGACGGGGUGAAAUGUGAGCCUGCCAGAGGGACAGUGUUUCCAGGUGCUUAAGUCCUCCGUCACUGUGCUGCCCUUGUGACCGUAGGUUACCAAGGUGCACAUCACAGGACAGAAGCCCCUCUGGGCCCCACAGCCAGUACCAUGGAAGUGCUUUGCUGGUCCACGUGUGCACAGGCUCCAUCCAAGCCCAGCGUGCACCUGCUACAGCCUGGCCAGCUCCCGCUUGCCAGAGUGCUGUGAGCGCCCUGUGCAGCUGGCCUUCCAGCCAACGCUCCUCCUUACCUGCUUGUCUGCGGCCAUGUUGUGGCCAGUUUGCCAUGGGAAGCAUGCCCGUGAUGGGGCAGCUACAGCAGCGUGCUGUGUGCACAUGGGCUCUUCCUUCCUUCCAUCGUGGGGCACAGAGGAUUUCGUCACUGUUUGCAGCAAACAGGGAGGCAAAAGUCUUCCCCAUACCUGAUGAUUCAGGACUUCAGUGACAUCUUCCUCUGCUUGUCCUAGAGAACCAGAGGGGAAUAGAGAUGCUUGAAAGAAAGUGGAGGAAAUGGAAACAAGAAAAUACUUGAGAGAAACUGGAAGGAAAAGACGUUUUUAAGAGAACAUUUUUCACAGGAAGAAAACAAAAGAUAUUAAAAGCAAAUGCACAUUUAAAUGGAAAACCAUUGAACAUGUCAACAGUGGUGUCCCACAUUUGGAUCCCAGGGUCCCCAGCCCUCCUAAAGCAGUUGGGGUUCGCUCUGAGCCCCAGGGGCAUUCUUGACUGGACCUGUAGCAAGGUGCUCAUGGGGUUAGUCUCCUCAUCCACCAUCAGAGGAAUUGUUAAAUCCCAGGCUUAGGGAGCUGGCUGAAUUACUGCCACUCAUCGCUACAGGGGCUCCCAUGAGCCUCCCACUGCCACCCAGCGCCCCCUCAGAUCCCACGCCCACAUCUUCCCCUUUGGCCAGCAGGAAAUAGCACAUCUGGCCAGAUUCGCACUUACCCACCUACUGUCCUUGAAUAACUUCUCAUCAUGACGUUUCUGGGGUGCAUUGGCCAUCUGUACCUCUAGGACCUAACCAGAGGCAUGCUUCUCAGCCAUGGACUAGAGUGCUCAGGUGACUUGUCUGCCCUGCCAUUCCCCUGCUUUUUCAUCACUCGCCAACCCCAGGGCGUCCACCUUCCUUCCAGCCCUUGGCAGACUAACCAGCAAGGUGGGCCUUUCCAUUCAAGCAAUGCUGGCUUCAUGAUACAAAGACCUAAAGACCAAAACAAAGUCUUGUGCUGCUGCAAAGAAGAUAUUUUCUAUUUCUUCCUCUAAUCUUGGCAAAUGACCUCAUGAAGAGACCCCAUGCUCCUUCCUCCUCUGGAUGGGACCUUCCCAUAGCACAAGAGGCCCCAGAGAGGAGACUCUCCUGUUUGCAGUGCACUGGGCACGGGCUGACCUUCAACUGCUGCCGCCAAAAUCUGGUUUUCUAAAGUUCUUCCAUAGAGACCACAAGGGUACAAUUACUCUUAGCCCCAAACUGGGUCUAAGGGUCCCGCUCUCCACCUGAUUGCUUUCUUGCUCAUUGCUGCCUGCCUGGAGCAGCCCAGAAGCCAGUUCAGAAAGGCACAAUGUGAAGCCUGGGGCAUCCUUUACCCCAGACAGUCAGGUUUACCGUGUGUGCAAUUGCCAUGGGUUCAGGAGGAAGGACUUUCGUUCGCUGCAACUUAAGAGCUGGGCCUCUGCUAUAAGCACUUGAAAAUAAUGUUUUUAUUUUAAAAGACAGAACAAUCUGAUAACUGAUACAUUUUAACUAGGCUCCCAGUGGAAUGCCAGCAUUUCUUCCUGCCCCUCAGUUUGUCUGCUGAAAUAGACUCUGGGAGGCUAUGGGUCUAAGUUUUCUGAUAGUCCUAUAGGAAGGGUGUGUCCGUGCUCAUAUUAAGUCCUUCCUUCUGUGAAUGUACUGCCCUGCCUUGACUGUGAAGGUGCUGAGAACCAGUCAGUGAGCUCCCAGGUAGGUCUCCUGGGUCCAUAUGAUGCUAGCAGACAGCAUCACUGGAGCUGAUACAUCAUCUUCCCCCAGUCUGCUGCUGUUGGAUUAGCCUUCCUGAGUCCAUCCCGCCUCCCAGUGGAGAGCUUACACUGUGCACAUAGAGACAGUGUUUCCAAGAGAUAUCAAGUCAGUGUUUAGUCUGGGCUCUGAGCACACUUGAACAAACAGGAGUGCUUUCAUACUCCCUGGUCUGAGGGCAGUGGCUGGUCUGACUCUUUAGUGCUGGAACUGUAGGAUCAUGGGAAAACAGAUAUCAUCAAAGGACAUUGUGGAAAGAAUGUAACAGAGAUAGGUCACACACACCUGGACAGUGAACACCACGGGGUCUGCCCACUGUCCUUCUCAUUUCCCAUUGUUCUUCUGGGUUUCACCAGAGAUCACAGCAAAAGAGAGCUGAAGGCCGGCCUCUUGAUGGAACAUAAAGAUGGAAAUAAGUAGGAAUUCUGUCCCUCCUCACCCACGGUUGUUUCACAAGAAACUAUUUAUAGAAAGCAUGUCUUUUGUGUUAAAAAAAAAACCAAAGAGAAAUAAAAAGAACACUCCCAAUA